AUGGAACACGUUUCUCGCCUCUUCCAGUCGGCCUCUAAAAGGAGUUGGAACAUUCAAGAACAUGUAGUUGUUGUCCCAGAUGUAGUUUUAGACGAUGACUAUAAUUACUCUAUUGAUGGUCGUUAUCUCUUCCGUCUUUUAAUGAAGAGAUGUGCUCGUUACUGUUUAGAAUUGACAAUACACUCAAUGUUAAAACAAGACCGCAUUUUUCGUCUCCUACAUUUGGGCUAUAGAGUUGAGCAUCUUUGCAUUGAUUCUCUACAUUCAAUUUGUGGGUCAGAACUUAAAGAAAUUGGAGAACGAAUGCCUAAUCUAAAAUCACUAUUUAUCAAAAAGUGCACUUUUCAUUUCUCAACAAUUAAAUGCUUCAAUUUAAUGUUAGAACAACUUAAACAACUCCAAAUCCUGUCAAUUUCCAAUUGCAACAAUUUUAAAUGUCACUUAGAACAAUUGCCGAGUAGUCUUCGAAUUUUCUUUUUGGAUGAUUUUCAAAUGGAGAAUGCACAAAAUGUUCUUCGAAAUAUUCAUCGACGAGCACCAAAUAUUGUAAGUAAUGUUUUCGGGAUUUGUCUCGCUCUCAUUUUUUCUAAUUAGAGACGAAAUGAAAGAAUUUCGUCCUCAUCUUAUUCUGGGGAGAUGAAAAGAUAGGAAAAAUGUGUCCCAUAAAGAUAUUUUUUUUGUAUUUCCGUCUUGUCUCUAAUAUAAUCCCAACAAAUCCCUCUUAAUACUCCCAAAUCCAUCGAUAUCCCCUUAACACCCAAAAAUCCACACGCAAAUCCUUUAUCUCCCAAAUAUUUGGACUUG